UGUGCAUGCAGUUGGUCAGCCCCUGAGUGAGCACCAGCUGCAGGAGCAGUCCCUUCUAAAGGAGUGCUACCCUGAAACAGCUGCAGGUGCAACACUUGGAGUACACGCAUCCACAGAGCAGCUUCCUGAUUUUUCCAGUGAACAGAGAGUAUUCUCCUAGCUUUCGGGGCCAGUGUUGGAUACUGCAGCAUCAUUUGUUUUGGAGCAGCUCUAGCAGCCAUGGAGGUCCGGUGGAUUGGGGUUGAACCCGUGAGGCUGGGCCCUCCACACACAACCUGUGGCCUGGUCUUCUCUUUGCUGCUUGGUGCGUGGUCUGCUCAGGCCCUUGAGAUGUCUGUCGGGAAAAUUCCCUUCCUUCAGGCAGUGAAUGGGAGCACAGUUACUUUGCCGUGCACCUAUGCCAGCUGUAUUGGCAUUGAAAAUCUCUACUUCAACUGGCAGUUCAAUGACAAUGGCACCAUGCAAAAGGUCUGUGAGUCAGUGAUACCUUCAGAGGGGGUGGUGCCAGAUGUGACUAUAUUCCGGGAGCGUGUGGAGUUUGUGGGGAAAAACCAUCAAAAUAACGUCUCCAUCUUGUUGUUGAACAUCACCUUUGAGGACGGGGGACAGUACACGUGUUUUGGACGCAAUCCCAAAGAGCACCACAAGAACCAUAGUGCCAUCUUCAACCUCAUAGUGGUUGACGAGUUGAGGGAGGUGGACAACACGCUGACCAUCAUCAUAGCUUCGGCUGUGGGUGGGGCCAUCGCACUGCUGAUGGGCUUCAUGCUGCUCAAGAACUUCACUCUCUUUGUUCUCACCAAGCUUGAGGAGAAAAAUAAGGAGUGCCUUGUAACUUCAUCAGGGAUUGACAACACAGAAAAUGGCCUCUCAGGAUCCAAAGCUGAUUCAAAACCAACACCAAAAAAGAAAUGA